AUCUCAAGAUACAUUUUCAGACAAACCUAGACGUUUGAAGUGUGGAUUUUGAGUCUUCAUUAAUUAAAUUUUUGUAUCAGCAACAAAUAAUACGAAAUUUGAAGCGUUAUAAUUAUUUAAAAAAAGAAUGGCUUCAAAUUCUGUAGAAGAAGACAAAAUUGCUUUGAAGAAGUUGAUGGAAAAAAUGGGAGACAAUUGUUUUCCUUUUUGUGAAAAUGUUGAAAAGUAUGAAAAAUUAGCCAAAAUUGGUCAAGGAACCUUUGGAGAAGUUUUCAAAGCUCGCCAUCGUACAUCAAGAAAAACUGUUGCCCUGAAAAGAAUAAUGAUGGAAAAUGAAAAAGAAGGAUUCCCCAUCACAGCCAUAAGAGAAAUAAAAAUUCUUCAACAACUGAAGCAUGCAAAUGUUGUUAACCUUAUUGAAAUAUGUCGAGAAAGAUCAAAAUCUAAUGAAAACUUCGGGGUAAAGUUUUUCCUUGUCUUCGAUUUUUGUGAGCAUGAUUUGGCUGGUUUACUUGGCAAUCGGAAUGUGAAAUUCACACUAGGAGAAAUAAAAAUGGUUUUGAAGCAAAUGCUUAAUGGUUUAUAUUUCCUACACACUAAUAAAAUUAUUCACAGAGAUAUGAAAGCUUCUAACAUUCUUAUUACAAAAGAAGGAAAACUUAAAAUAGCUGAUUUUGGUUUGGCAAGAGCUUUCAGUUCUUUUAAGAAAAGGAACACAUUUACCAACAGAGUUGUCACUUUGUGGUACAGGCCUCCAGAACUUCUUCUAGGUGAUCGAAAUUAUGGACCUCCUGUUGAUAUGUGGGGCAGUGGCUGCAUCAUGGCAGAAAUGUGGACUAGAACUCCAAUUAUGCAGGGUGAAACAGAACAGCAUCAAUUAAUGUUGAUCAGCUAUUUUUGUGGUUCUAUUACUCCUGAAACAUUUCCAGGUUGUGAAAAACUAGAUUUGUGGAUAAAAUUGAAGCUUCAAAAAGGGCAAAAGCGCAUGCUUCAAGAUCGUCUAAAGAAUUAUGUGAAAGACCCUCAUGCGUUUGAUUUACUUGAUAAGUUAUUAACUAUUGAUCCUGCUGCAAGGAUGGAUGCCGAUACAGCCCUGAAUCAUGAUUUUUUCUGGGUGGAUCCACUUCCGUGUGACCUAACAACGAUGCUGAAACCUCAUACUCGAUCUAUGUUUGAAUAUUGUUUGAGGAAUAAGGAUGAUGUGCAACAUCAAGGUGCAGGGCCAUCUCACUCACGAGCUGAUGCCAAUAAUGAGCUUUACAAAGAUAGAGUUUUCUAAAAACGAAAAAUGUGGUAUUUUUAGCCAUAUUGAUGUGAUAUU